GGGGGCAGCAUCCCGGCCGCGCUCCGCGCCCGCGGCUCCGUGCGCUCCGUGCCGGGGGCGGUGUGUCCGCGGCUCGCUGCCGCGCGGGGCUGUGCCCUCCCCGUGCCCGUCCCCGUGCCCGUCCCUGUGCCCGCGGCCGUGGCCGGGCGCUGUCCCCGAGCCCGCGGCGUGCAUGGCCCUGCGCGGCCGGCGAUGGCUGCGCGCUGAUGGCCCAGCCCGCCGCGCUCGCCAUGGCUGCCAGAGAGGAGCUCUACAGCAAAGUCAUCCCCCGGCGGAACCGCCAGCACCGCGCCGGCACCAUCAAGCACGGCUCCUCGCUGGAGAUCCUGCUCUCCAUGGGAUUCCCCAAAGCUCGGGCACAAAAAGCGCUGGCAUCGACAGGUGGAAGGAGUGUUCAAGCAGCAUGCGACUGGCUCUUCUCCCACGUGGGUGACCCGUUCCUGGAUGACCCCCUGCCCCGGGAGUACGUGCUGUACCUGCGCCCCACCGGGCCCCUGGCGCAGAAGCUCUCCGAGUUCUGGCAGCAGUCCAAGCAGAUCUGUGGCAAGAACAAAGCUCACAACAUCUUCCCACACAUCACCCUCUGCCAGUUCUUCAUGUGUGAGGACAGCAAGGUGGAUGCUCUCACAGAAGCCCUGCAGGCCACGGUGAUGCGCUGGAAAUGCAAAUUCCCUGCCCCGCUGCCCCUGGAGCUCUACACAUCCUCCAACUUCAUCGGGCUCUUCGUCAAGGAGGACAGUGCUGAGGUGCUCAAGAAGUUUGCUGCAGACUUCGCUGCAGAGGCGGCUUCCAAAGCAGAUGUCCACGUGGAGCCCCACAAGAAGCAGCUCCACGUGACCCUGGCCUAUCACUUCCAGAGCAGCCACCUGCCCACGCUGGAGAAGCUGGCCCAGAGCAUCGAUGUCAAGCUGGGCUGUGACUGGGUGGCCGCGAUCUUCUCCCGCGACAUUCGCUUCGUCAACCACGAGACUCUGCAAGUGAUCUACCCCUACACCCCCCAGAACGAUGACGAGCUGGAGCUGGUCCCAGGGGAUUUCAUUUUCAUGUCCCCAGUGGAGCAGACCAGCACAAGUGAGGGAUGGAUUUAUGGAAUUUCCCUUGCCACUGGCUGCUCGGGGCUGCUGCCUGAAAACUACAUCACCAAGGCAGAUGAAUGUGGGACCUGGGUGUUCCAUGGGUCCUACUCCAUUCUGAACACCACACCUUCCCCAUCCUUCCAAGCCUUUGCUGAUGGAGCUCUGGAGAGAAGGCAGCAGGAGGACCAGGGGCCAGGGGAUGCUGGGCCACUCACCAUCAUCUGCCAGAACGUGCAGCCCCUGAGGACGAGCAGCCAGGCGGGCCCCCAGAAGCGCUGCCUGUUUGUCUGCAGGCACGGCGAGAGGAUGGAUGUGGUUUUUGGGAAGUACUGGCUGUCCCAGUGCUUCGAUGCCAAAGGCAGGUACAUGCGCAGUAACCUGAACAUGCCUCACAACUUACCUCAGAGGAGUGGUGGUUUCAGGGAUUAUGAGAAGGAUGCUCCCAUCACCGUGCUGGGCUGCACCCAGGCCAGGCUCGUGGGUGAAGCCUUGCUAGAAACAAACACCAUUGUAGACUACAUCUACAGCUCCCCAUCCCUGCGGUGUGUCCAGACAGCUCACAACAUCCUGAAAGGUAUGCAGCAGGAGAACAACCUGAAAAUCCGGAUAGAGCCAGGCUUGUUUGAGUGGACCAAGUGGGUGUCUGGGAGCACCCUGCCAGCCUGGAUCCCCCCUGUGGAUUUAGCUGCAGCUACUCUAAGCGUUGAUACAACCUACAGACCUCAUAUUCCUGUCAGCAAGUUGGUGGUUUCUGAGUCUUAUGAUAGCUACAUAAGCAGAAGCUACCAAGUAACAAAGGAAAUCAUCAGUGAAUGUAAAGGCAAAGGAAAUAACAUCCUGAUCGUGGCUCAUGCAUCCUCCCUGGAGGCCUGUACCUGCCAGCUCCAAGGGCUGUCCCCUCAGAACUCCAAGGAUUUUGUGCAGAUGGUCAGGAAGAUUCCCUACCUGGGGUUUUGCUCCUGUGAAGAACUGGGGGACACUGGUGUUUGGCAGCUCACAGACCCUCCCAUCCUCCCUCUCACACAUGGACCAACUGGAGGCUUUAACUGGAGAGAAACCCUCCUGCAGGAAUAGGAAGAGCCCAGCAAGGACAGCCCAUGGCCUUUCCCAGCAUUGGAGAAUGUCUUUUCUUCCUUGUGUUUUAUUGACAGCAGGAAAAACCCUCAUCAUCUGUCCAGUGGGUCACUCAAAGCAUAUCUCACACAGCCACAGGCGUGCAAAAAAUCCCAUUUACAGCAAAAGGGGCUGGUUUGGAGGGGGAAAUAUAAAAAUACAUUUGAGGCUCUUGCACAGCACGACCUUGGGGUUGGUUUCCCCACCUUGAGGGAGCUCUGGUGACACUUUCACAAUGGAAAGGAACAAUGAGCCCCGUGGCAGGCAGGAUGCUGGGGUUGUUUUCUCACUGCUAUUUUUGCAAAGUGUCUGCAGGCUUGUUCAGCACCUCGUGCUUGCUCCACUCCCAGCCCCCAAACCCUCAGCAGCUUCCAUAAAAAUCCAGGUGUGUGCCCCAGGCUGGAAAUGAGUCCAGCAUUGCCUCUCCUCUGCCUCAGCAGACAGAGAUGGGAGUGCUCAAAAUGUUGGAUAUUGAUUGAUGUUGAGGAAAAUUCCAAAUUUCACAUAAUUUACAGGUGAAGUUUGAGCAUCAAAAAGGGCAACAAAAGCUGGGAGGAAUUUCUUUGAGAUGGAAAUAAAAGAAGCCUUUUCCAACCAACCCUGAGGGAUUUAGGAUGUUCAGAUUUGGGUUUUUAGUCCUUUACUUUGGUUAUUGAAAUUCACCUGUGUCCAGACUCAGCCUAAAAGGUUUGUGCUGUUUGAAAUUCCCUUCAGAAGGUUUGGAGAAGGGCUUUUCCCUUUUGUGCUGGGAUUUUUGUGCUGGCCAUUCACCCAGCAGUGGCUUUGUGUCCCUUUGGCACUGCUGGGGAGAUUGUGCAGCCAGCAGGUUCCUCCAGGAGUGCUGGGGUGAAAAAGCUUCUGGAAUUCAGCUGGAAUUCUGAGUGCUUUGCUUCCUUCUCCAUCAUUCCUCAUAAAGACAAAGCAGCUCAAAAAACCCCAGCACAUUUCAAUUUAGGAACAGCAUCAAAUGCUGUUUCUCCAGGGAGGGGAGGGUUGGGAUUUGGGGGAAAGUGGAAGAGGAGGAUUUUUUAUUUUUUUGGGGGGUCACAGGGGGAUCCUCUUGGUGCCAGAGCCUGCAGGAUGCUAAAAGCAGCUGCAUCCCAAAAUACACCCCAGUGGGAAUUUAGAGCAUUAAGUGCCAUCAGAGCAGGGGUUUUAGGAUCAGAAUUAUUUAAAAUUAUCAUCUUUGGGACAAGAAGUUGCUGCAGGCUUGCUGUCAGCAGGUAAUUAAAAAUGGGUUUAAAUGGGGUGAAAGGGAUUUAGGCACAUCCUUUCUUGGUUUGGGCAUUCCCAGAAACAGAACCAUCCCAGAAUGGUUUGGGUUGGAAAAGCCCUUCAAGCUCCUCCAGCUCAGGAGCAGGGACAGCCCAGGCUGGCCUGGGACAGCUGCUCUGGCAGCAGAUGGAAACCAGCAAAUAAAAAGCAAAAAGCAGCAGCCAGGGCAGGCUGGGGGGACUUUGUGCCAUCCUUGGAGGCACAGACACCAACACUGGCCAGAUCUGAUGUUUAUUAAUCAUGGAAAAAUCAACUUUUGGGCUGGUGUCACCUCCCCCAGGCUGCCACAACAAGCAAGGGGUUUCAAACUGCAAUUCCCUCUUCCCACAAGAGGUGAAACAUUAGGGAUGGAACAAACCCCAAGGGCUGAGCUCAGUUUGGAGCUCACAGGGAGAGCUCAGCACAUCCUGCCCAAUAUCCCAGAGACCCCCACAGUCCAUAGGAAUAUUCUCUUAUUUUCACCUUUACACACCUUAGACCACUCAUAAGUGCUUUAUUAUAGACUGAAAAGUCAGGGAGAAAAUUUAGGACAAGGCAGGAAAAAAUAAAACCAACCUGCCCCUGUGUGGUUUUGUUGCUGUCAGGUUAAUUUUUAAUUGUAAUUUAAACUAUUUUUGGCUGUGUACAGACAUUCUGAAGAGCUUGAUUUCCUCCAUGCAAAAAAAGUUUAAAUAUUUGACAAUCACACACAAAAAAAAAUUUGGUUGCUGAGGUUUGUGAAUUCUCCAGAUUUUUUUUUGUUUCAUGCCAGCAAGGUGUAAAUUGGGGCAAGAAAUAUUGUUAUAUUUUAAAAUAUUAAAAUAAUAUGUCUUUUAAUAUUUUAAAAUAAAAAAUUAAUAUCUUGCCUGUAGGAAGAGUGGAGGCUGCUCAGAUCCUGCUGGACUUGAGUGACAUUAAAAGGAGGGAACAAAAGCUGAAUGCACAAUUUGAGUGGUGUUAGCUGCUCUUUGGUACAGUAAUAGAAAAAAAAAAAAAAAGUUGUUCUGGUUGAGGAGGUAGAUGUUAAAAUACUCUUCUUUAAAUAUAUAUAUAUAUAUUUUUGGAUGUUUGGGAAAUAUUUUGACAAUUGUAGUCUCGUCUCGAAUUAGGUGUCAAGAAUCACAGGGAGAAAAAUCUUAUUUUCUUCAGCAUUUUGAGUUUUCUUGGGGGGUUUUGUGUUAAGCUGUCUCAUGUUGAAAAGGCCUUUUGGGGGAAAAAAAGAGAAAUUGAAAAUUUGAAAUUUAAAAUUGAGAGGUUAAGAAAGCAAAAUAAUUGCUGCUUCACUUUCAGCCCAUUGCUGCUCAUUAAUGUGGAUUUCAUGUCACUCCAGUCUUUUGUCCCACAACAUUCACCUUGAUCUCUCCAAAACCUUUUCCUUCACUGUGAGCUGCAGCACAUCCCAAGUUUUAUUCUAACAGAUUUUUUCCUUCUCUCCACAAUUAAAGCUGCCAAGAAGAAAUGGUUCAUUUUCAUCAUUUGCAAUGUAUGGCUUAGAAAAAGACAAGAAUUAAAUUGAUAUUACACUCAAA